CAGAUGUCAUUUUGGCGCCGAAUAUUCUGAAUAUUGUCAUCGUGCAACGCGGGAGUUGGUGUUGUUGUGUGUGGCUGUUGGACCUGCACUGUCAUUUAACUAAUAGUUUUAAUUCAGCAUUAGGUAGAGGAAGAGUUUGAAGACAACAUGCAGCGGAGCAUCGCAUCCUUCUUCCAGCCCAAGAGCAAGGACAAAGAUACUCAGAAGAAGACUACAGCUGAAGCUGUGAAAAGACCUGCCAAAAGCCCCCUCAAGGUGCAGAACGGUGUCCAGGAAGUUGACUCACCCGUCAAGAAGGUUGCCAAACGCAGCCGUCAGAUCCUGGAUAGCGACGACGACGACGAUGCGCCGGUUGUAAAAGAAGUCGCCACCAAGGGACAAGGAGACAAAGAAGCUGGUAAAACUGAAAAGAAGGAUGAUGUGUUCAAGGCAGUUCCCACCCCUCUGUCUCCUCCACCCGCCCCAGCUACCCCUGUGACCCCCGCCACUCCAGCCACUCCAGCCUCUUCAGCAUCACCCGGGACCCCCAGCACCCCAAACUCCAUCUCCCCCUCAGGGAUUGUUAAACGCAAGACCGCGAGGAAGAUGUUCCCGAAGAGGAAGCUCAAUGAGAGCGGGAGCGGCAGUGAGAGUCAGAAGGAGGAGGCUGAGUCCAGGGAGGAGCGGGGUCAGCAAAACAAGCGGCCCCGUGUGGAGAGCAGUGCCAGCAGCCCAGGGAACCCCGGUGAACCCAUGGAGGAGGGAGCAAAGGAAGAAAGAGUUGAAAAGGCAGUGACCGAGGCUAACAGCUCUGAUGAGGAGGUGGGGAACGGGAAGAAAGAAGAAGGAGAGGAGGAGCGGGUGGAGAGAAAGAGCUCUGAUGAGAAAGAAGAAAAAGCUGAGGGGGCGGUAAAGCAAAAUGAAGCAAAGGAGAAGGCGAAUGAUGAGAAGGAGGUAGUUGAAAAGGACACGCAAGAGGGAGAGGAGAGCCCAAAAAGUCAAAUGGCGAAAAAGCAGAAAGAAGCAAAAGAGCAGAAAGAUAAGGAGCUGCCCAAGAAAGCCCCCAUCAGCACUUUCUUUGCUCCAAGAAAAACUGCAGUAAAAACGGAGAAACCAGAAACGAGUGACGGAGGAGAGAAAAAGACGAGCGCAGAGAGGAAGACUUCAGCGGAAGAGAGCAAAGAUAUGAAAGGUGAGUCAACCUCGGGACAAACGGACUACAAUCCGUCCAGGCCUAACUACCAUCCCGUGGACCACGCUUGCUGGAAGCAGGGCCAAAAAGUGCCGUACUUGGCAGUGGCUCGCACCUUUGAGAAGAUUGAAGAGGACUCUGGCAGGCUGAGAAACAUUGAGACGCUGUCGAACCUGUUUCGCUCCGUGCUGCUGCUCUCUCCAGAUGACCUGCUGUGCUGUGUGUACCUGUGUUUGAACCAGCUGGGUCCAGCCUACCUGGGGAUGGAGCUUGGCAUUGGAGAGACGGUGCUAAUGAAAGCUGUUGCUCAAGCAACUGGGCGACAAUUGGACAAAAUCAAGGCAGAAGCGCAGGAGAAAGGAGAUUUGGGCCUUGUGGCUGAAAGUUCCCGUAGCAACCAGCGCAUGAUGUUCCAACCAGCCAGUCUGACAGCAGGGGGCGUGUUCAGGAAAUUGAAGGAAAUUGCCAGCAUGAGUGGAAACUCGGCCAUGAAUAAGAAAAUCGACAUCAUCAAAGGCCUCUUUGUGGCAUGCCGCUUUUCUGAGGCCCGCUACAUAGUCAGGUCCCUGGCUGGGAAGCUGAGGAUAGGCCUGGCUGAGCAGAGUGUCCUAUCAGCACUAAGCCAGGCUGUGUGCCUGACCCCCCCUGGACAAGUUUUCCCACCUGCUGUGAUCGACGCAGGGAAAGGGAUGAGCGCUGAGAGCAAGCGGGCGUGGAUCGAAGAGAAGAGUCUCAUUCUCAAACAAACUUACUGCGAGAUGCCCAAUUAUGAUGUCCUACUCCCGGUUCUCCUUAAAGAGGGCAUAGACGAGCUACCCAAUCACUGCAAGUUAACUCCAGGCGUACCGCUGAGACCCAUGUUGGCUCACCCCACCAAAGGGGUCGGCGAGGUGAUGAAGAGGUUUGACGAGGCGGCGUUCACCUGCGAGUACAAGUACGAUGGAGAACGUGCACAGAUUCAUAUUCUGGAGAGCGGCGAGGUUCGGAUAUUCAGCCGCAACCAGGAAGACAACACCAGCAAAUACCCCGACAUCAUCUCUCGCAUCCCCAAGGUGAAGAAGGAUUCGGUGGUAUCCUGCGUCCUGGACGCGGAGGCAGUAGCCUGGGAUCGCGAGAAGAAACAGAUCCAACCUUUCCAGGUCCUCACCACCCGUAAGAGAAAGGAUGUGGAUGCCUCAGAGAUCAAAGUCCAAGUGUGUGUCUACGCUUUUGACCUCCUCUAUCUCAAUGGCGAGUCCCUGGUGCGACAGCCGUUGUGUCGGCGUCGGGCUCUGCUGAAAGAAAGCUUCUCAGAGGUGGAGGGGGAGUUUGUGUUCGCCCGAUCCAUCGACUCCGACAACACCGACACCAUUGCAGAGUUCCUGGAGCAGUCUGUCCGAGACUCCUGCGAAGGCCUAAUGGUGAAGACUCUGGAGAAAGAUGCCACCUAUGAAAUUGCCAAGCGCUCUCAUAAUUGGCUGAAGCUGAAGAAGGACUAUCUGGAAGGGGUUGGCGACACAGUGGACCUGUGUGUGAUCGGUGCCUACCUCGGAAAAGGCAAGAGGACGGGCACGUACGGUGGCUUCCUGUUGGCCUGCUACGACGAGGAAAACGAAGAGUUCCAGUCUGUCUGCAAGAUCGGGACAGGCUUCAAGGAUGAAGAUCUGGAGCAGCAUUACAAGUUCUUAAAGGAGCACAUUCUCCAGAAGCCCCGCGCCUACUACCGCUUCGACCAGUCGGCAGAGCCCGACGUUUGGCUGGAUGCCGUGCAGGUUUGGGAGGUGAAGUGCGCCGACCUGUCACUGUCGCCCGUCUACAAGGCUGCCAUGGGACUGGUGGAUCCAGAAAAGGGCAUUUCUCUGAGGUUCCCCCGCUUCCUUCGGAUCAGAGACGACAAGAAGCCCGAGGACGCCACAAGCGGAGCUCAGAUCGCCGAUUUGUACAAGAAGCAGCAGCAGAUCCAGAAUCAGGGAGAGAAAGUUGACCCGGAGGACUACUACUGAUUGUCUGCGGUCGUCGGCUGGGAAUGAUAAAUAAUAGCAAAUUUCAAAAAUAAUUGUAAAUAGCUUCUUUUUCUUUUUGUUUUGUAAUGUUGAAUGAAAAUAAAGACUCUUGCCAGUUUUAAGCA